AUGAGCCUUUUGAUCACUUCUUUGGACAAGGAUGCACUGCCUCUUGCUGUGGGUCGUGCUACCAGCAAAGAAAUUUGGGGUGCCCUCACUGUGGCUUUCAGUAAUCCCAAUACACCAAGACUUCUUGCAUUAAGUUUUGCACUUCAAAAUUUGGUUCAUAAACAUGAUGAAUCAGUCUCUCAAUUCCUUCAUAGGGCGAAAGAAAUUUCUGAUGAAUUGGCGGCUGCAGGGAAGCCCCUUCCUGAUGACGAUUUCAAUAUUCACAUUUUCAGAUCCCUACGUGAAGACUACCAGUCCGUGGUGCCCACUAUGAUGUAUCAGCAGCCACCCCUCACCUAUUCUGAGUUGCAUGGUCUUCUAAUGAGCCAUGAAUCUCUCAUCACCUCACGACGUGCUAUUGUUGAUCCAUCUGCUACGGCCUCUGCUAAUCUCUCACAGCAAGGUCGCGGCUCUGGGACUCCCUCCCCUGGCCGUGGUGGUGCUUCUAGAGGCCGGGGACGUGGUCGUGGUUUUGACCGGUUCAAUGCAUUUGCACAUAGUCCUUUGUCUGUCAAUUGGGAUGCCAAUAUUACAGGCCCUGAAGUGUACAGUAUAGCUUCUGUGGGGCUGCAGAAGAAAGCAAUCGUUUAUCAGAAACCAUGA